AAUUUUUCGAAGUUCACCUUUUUUCGGUAUGUGUAACCAAUAGUAUUAACAGUUUAAAACAUGUAACAAACUCACACACCCACCAGUUAUUUUAUGAAGAACAGAAUUAAACUCCAGACCUCAGUACAGUCGCAACCAAAUAACGACAUCCCAACUUACUGCGAGAAAACUGAGAAACAGUGGAAAUGUCAUCCGGUAAGGUUCUAGUAAUAAAGAUAUACAGACGAAAUAUUCUCCCAAGCUAGAAAAAUCAAUGCUCACUCUUCCCUGGAAAACUAAAUUAUAAAAAGGUAUACCUUUUCCGCUGAAAGUAAAUGAUCAUGUUUCCUUGGUCACCCUACUUCUACUUGGUAAUAAAUUAAGGAACUGUUAGAUUCCAUCUUGAUCAGUAUUAUGAAGAGCCUGCUGAUCUAGGCGACCCAUCUCGACUGCUCUUGAAUACCAUAAAAUUCGAUUUCACAUGCAGAAACACGCCAACAGAUCUCUACAUCAAAAUUUUCCCCGAUAGUGUAAACCUAUACAAUCUUAUAAAGAGUAUUACUUGAACAAUUAGCAGUUAGAGUAUCGCUAGUAUUUUUUCUUAUUCAAUGAAAACGAACAACGGUGGCAAUCAUUAUAAAUUCAUACCGGCUUGUAUCCGAUUAUUACAAAGCUCUUCAAGAAAAAGAGAAUCGUAAAAUUCUUUUGUAAUGUAAUGUGUACCAAUACACAUACCAGUACAGUUAUUUUGUAUGUAUUUUUCCCAAGGGCAAGAAGGUGACCUUCUCAGUACCGAAAGUGAUGGCAUCGAUGCCUUGCGUGCUAAAAUCAUGGAAGUGUUGAGACAAGAGCCAUACAUGGGGGAAAAGAUACCAACCAGGUGAGUAAUGUUUUAGUGAUAGUCGUGUGCGAUGAACUUUUCGCAAAUAUAAUUCUCGCAAAUUUCGCUUUUUCCUAGCAUUUCGCCCAUACUGAUUUCUUAUCUACAGCGGAUGGGGAUUACCUUGACUGGUUUUUAUUUGAAAAGUAUCUAAUUUUGAUCUGAUUGGCAUGUGUUCAGGUUCUUGUUGGCUAAGCUGGUUUGUGAUAAUUCCAGCAAAGUAUUAUGAUUAGACCAUUUUGAAAAGUUUUUCAUUAAGUAUCAAAUUGUGAUGUAUUUUGUUUGCGUUCGACGUCGGGAGAGCGCAACCUCCAUAAAUUCGUGUUUGGUAGUUUAGGUCAAGUACCGUUACCGAAUACGGAAAUGCAUCAUAGACCUUAGACGUCUCUUUCCCAGAGCCCAUCGGUUUCAUAGGUCACGUAAUCUUUGAUACGAGUGCUUCGAAGGAAAACUACAGAGGACAUUCUUAAAAGAACGCUUAACUUGAAACGACAAAAUCAGCUGCAAAUCUCAUUAUCGUAACUUGCUCUGAUUGAAGAAAAAUUUUAUUAAACAUGGUGAUAGGCUCGAUUGCCAGCCUUUUUGUGCACCCUUACAGAAAGAGCUUUUUUAAAUCUUUAAAUGCUGUGUUCAGCCCAUAGGACCCAUUAGGAGAAUAAGAACAGUUUUAAAAUGUAUUUUCUUGUACUGGUAAGAGCUAUUUUAUUUCAAUUCAUUGUUUGAUACUAUUACGACGUUUAUAUUACACUUGUCAGUAUUACGGUUAUCAAAGAAAUGUUUAAAGGCAUUGGCGAUAUUGUUAGUAUUUAGGUCUUGAUAUAAAAGAACGUGGCUCUGUCAAACCCAUCUCCGAAGUCACAAGAAAGUUAAUUUGGCCCAUUCUAUAGGAGUACUUAGUUUAGCAGAUGAAUAGAGAUUAUGCUGAAUGCAGAUUCUACUUCUGUUUUGCGGAAAUCCUCGGGACAGCAGUAGAUGGAUGGCAAUGACCAGUCCUUUUUGGGGAUAUUUGCCUAAAUGUUUGUGGUGGAACUGUUAGGGAAAGAGAGAUAGGAAACACCAAAAUAAAAAUGGCGACUGAUCGACAGGCUGGUGGUGAUUAGAUGCUGCUCCUUUUAGCGCCCAGGGCUUAUAGGUUUUUUUUUUGUUGAUAUUUGAUUAAGCGAUAUGGAAUUCAAUUAGAAGCUGUACGAAAAAAAGGCUGAAAAGAUCAAUUCCUUGCAAGAUAAUCAAACUCUUUUAUAAAAAUAUGUAUAUAUAUAUUAUUUAUUUAUUGAAUGAACACCGGAACGAGUAAGGGAAAUACCGUCCCUGAGGGGUACAGUGACUCCUUAAGGUGGCUCGAUACAGUUUUGCAGGGUCAAUGCCUCCCAAGUUUGAGCAUAAACUACGUCGCCAUACACAAAGAUUUGGAAAAAUUGCCGCCACAGUUGUAUCAGAUAAAAAUGAAAAUUUGUUAUCAUUAGGAUUUCAACGACGUCGGAGUUGUCAUAGCAACGAAAUGACGCUAUUACCUGUUUUACUUGCAGAAGUAUAUCUCGGCACUGGGAACUGUUCUACCAAAAUCGUUCACGGGAGCUUUUUCCUCCAAAAGCGGCCUCGAUUUUCGUGAAGUUUAAGCGAAAUCUGUAAGAGUGUUAUCAGGAUGUUUUGGGGUGAACUUUUUAUGGUUAGAAACACAGUAAAAAGUGGACAAUCUUGAUGUUCGGCUGUUAUCUGUAGAAAACGAGGCGCUUUUGACAUGCAAUUUCACCUCAUAGUAGUUUCAAUCUUUUUAAAAACGUUUGUGAAAGAUCUUGGAGAUUGCUAGAAAGAAGGGUUUGAUUAGUAUGUAUCGAAGUGCUCUUGUUAGCGGUUUGUAAACAUUUUGGUCUUCUUUAACAAAUUAGCGAAUAAUUUUUAAACCGCUCUUGAGAUUAACCUUCUUUUUAUAUGACCGUUUAGUUUCAAGAUUGUUAAUGAUAUGUGAAAUAAAUCAUAUAUGAACUGCAGAAAUGAAAUGACCCGUGACCUCGCGAUACCGGUGCGAUGCUCUACCAACUGAGCUCUGAACAUAUGAACCCACAAUUGACCUGCUGCCAACGUCAGUGGCUUCAUAGCUCAGUUGGUAGAGCAUCGCACCGGUAUCGCGAGGUCACGGGUUCAAACCCCGUUGAAGUCCUGAAUUGUUUUCAGGCUUCUUUACGCAAUUGCAUAAAUUGCGUUCACUGCGACGAUCAUUUCUUCAUUUUCAGUUUCAAGAUUAUAGAUAUAUUUCAAAAGGUUGAGUUUGAUCGUCCGGGUGAACGUAGUCCUGAAUAGGACGAUCAAAUUCAACCUUUUGAAAUGACUCCUGGGUUCAAACCUUUCACAGUUUUAUAGAUAUAUUGUAAGGCAGUAAAACAAGGGUUACAAUUCGUUGAUUUUUUAUCGAAAAGUUUGUCAUUAAAAGUAAAAGCCUCUCAUUAUUCAAGGAAUUGUCUCCACGUUUCAUUUUCACGUGAACAGCAGUAAUUAACAAUGUAUUUGGAAUAUGCAAAACUGCUAGCUAUUGUUGUGCACGAAAAUAUGGAAGUUGGAGACAAUACCCUGAAUAAUGAGAGGCUCUCACUUAUAAACACAAAAUUUCUGAUAAAAUAUUAGCGGACUGUAGCCCUUAUUUUACUCCCUUACAACAUAUCAACUAGUUAUAGCUAUCGCUAAGUGCCAACGAGCUGUUGGCUGGGAGCCGCACAGCAGUUAUCUCGAUAACGCUGUUACAGAUUUCGCUUAAACUGAAACAUGAACAUCGAGGUCGCUAUUGGAGGAAAAAGCUCCCAUAAACGAUUUUGGAAGGACAGUUCUCAGUGCCAAGAAACACUGCAGCAAGUGAAAUAGGUAAUAGCGUCAUUUCGUUGCUAUGACAACUCCGAUGUCGUUGAAACCCUAAUCAUAACAAAUUUUCAUCUUUAUCUGACACAACUGUGGUGGCAAUUUUUUCAAAUCCUUGUUUAUGCGGGUAUUGACCCUGAAAAACUGUAUCCAGCCACCUUAAAAUCCGAAUUUAUAUUUGUUGUAAUAAAUCUAUUUGGCCUCCGGAAGAAUAGCAUUCAUAGGUUAAAAGUAAAACUAUAGAGAGGGACUUAACUGUUAGCGUACGGAUAUAGAACUCAUUUUCUGUAACGGCCGUGUAGAACUACGACUGUUUUGAAGAUUUCUUUUCUAUACGGUAUUGCUCUUUGUUCACGUUUGUAGGUGGGCACAUUUUGAGACGGUACUUGAGGAAUCGGUGGAUCAGGGAAUUCAUUACACGACUGUGGAACAACUUCAAACUUCUGCCAGGGAAGAUUGCCUCAUUGACGAUGAUGACGAGUUUCAAACAAUGUUAAAUUUCUAUCAUGACCUCGGCCUGAUUAUAAAACACAGGAGCACAGUUGUUCUGGAGGCUAAAUGGCUGAUUGACCUGUUUAAAGAGCUGAUUACCAUUCCUCGUUUUGAUGAAGCGGUGAGAAAAAAAAGUAGAAGAAAGAAGAGUUUCAUAAUUUUACGAUAUAAGAGGUGUUUUCCAGUUGUUACGUUGGCUAUACAACUUAUACGACUUAUUAGUAAGCAAAACGCAGGAUUCUGCUGGCCUAAAUUGUAAUUGUAAUCUUAAAGGAUAACGUUCACUGUCUUCAUUUGUGACAUCGUUAUGGCAUGGUAGAGACAUGUGUCUUCGUUUAAGCGAAGCUAGGUAAAUUUAGAGUUACCCUUUUUGUACACGAACAAAAAUUGAAGUUACAUUCACAAAAUAUUACGUUACGCACGUUAUUUGAAGAAUGCGGUUAUUAUAAUAACCUGAAAAUGUGAAUCGUGUCGCGUAAAUUAAACCUACGAAACUUAUGAGCAAGCAGUAGGUGUGAUUUAGACACUGAAAUUUACAUAAGAGGUUUAGUUAUACCGCAAAAGUGAACCUUAAGAUACACGUCUUGGUUGCUGCUAAGCCUGGAAAUCCUGACACUAUAUAUUUUGUUGCUUUUAGAACCCUCUUUUUUCAACCUACUGGAAGGAACUUGAAAAGAGUGGUGUUCUCCGCAUGGAACUUGUCAGUCACGUGUUUUCCAAAUUUGUGGAUCAAACCAUUGUCAAGGAUGACAUUUUGGAUAUGAUGGACCAGUUUGGUUUGAUUGCGAAAUUUACAUCAAGCACCUCUGGUACCACGUACUUUGUACCCGCGCAGCUCAAGACCCCACCCACAGAUAUUUGCAAACUACACCCUACCCCAGCUGAUCCAUGCCCACUAUAUCUUCAUUUUCGAGGUGGGUUUGUUCCGAAAGGUCUCUUCAUACGCCUUGUUUCCAGUUCUAUUUCCUGGUGCUGUAAGACUUGGCAGGAGACACCACCUCCUACUCUGUACCAAAAUGGUGCUCAUUUCGUCAUUGUCGGCAAGCAGAUCAUCUAUGAUUUUAUUCUUCUUUGUAAGAAAAGUUUUAUCAAGAUUGCGCUGAAGCAAAGAAAUGAAGAUGAAGAGUCAGUUUCAGUGUCUGAAUCAGUUGAAAUACCAAGUCGCGUUCGUGUCUUCAUAGACGACACUUUGCAAAAAUUGUCUCACGAGUUGCCAUGUCUUAGCGGGUUGCAGUACGAGUUAUCCGUUGCGUGCCCCCACUGUCUGGCUGAAUGUUCAAACCACCGUGAAGCUGCAUGUACCCAAGAGGACUGUCUACACUUUUUUGAAUUAAAGGAAGGGCAGCGGCUGAUAUGCACGAAGAACGUUCGUGAUCGUGUGAGGAGGGUUGUUGGCAUGGAAAAGUGGCUUUCUUUAAGAAGAAUCGAGGUAAAAUAUUUAAUAAAAUAUAGUAUGAAGUGACCUAAAGUAAUCUUUUGCGAUGUUGAUGUUAACAAUACUAACCUGCGUAGCUGGCCACUAAGGUGCGCAAGAAGCGUGCUCGAACGAGUGCUCCCCUCCAUUGCCCCUCCCCAACCAAAUCCGCCAGCUAGUGGUCACAGCGGGACUUGGAAUCUGAGCCUCCGGAUGACAAGUCAUAUGCGUUGACCUCUCAACUAAUCUUCCUCUGUUUUUGUGGAUAAUGAUCUCAACAUUAUAUACCGGAGAGGUGAAUUAGUUGUAUUACGUGUUACUGUGGUCGGGGAAGGGGGAAUAAGCGAAGAUGGUCUCGUAUGGGUAAAAAAAAUCGUUGACGGAAAAUGCCCAUCCUGCCCAUAUCUGGCACUUUUUUAGAACAAGUUUCCUUUACACUGAAGUGAAAGUAAUUUUGCUUUCAUAUCUGAAUAGCCAGAAAUGUCAAAGAUAAUUUAACUUUUUCCCUCUUUUAUCAAAGUUACCGCUUCCAUUUUUAUCAGUUUGUAAAAUUUUUCAGUUUGUAAUUUAUAUUUUUAUUAUUUUUGAUUUGGCGUUGACAAGGGCUGAAAACUUAAAAGGUAUCCAAAAUUUCAACGCCCUCCCAAUGUGCUGUAGCUGAAACCGUGCACACACGUACUGUCUCGAGGAGAAAGUACCCGACAGAUUUUCUCAAAUUCCAUAAUAAAUUAGUCUCAGUCUAUCGUACGUUUAACGUUGUUUUAUCAUUUUUUUGUAAACCAUGUAAGUCUCGGCAGGGAAGACUAAAAAAAAAAUGCUAAAACACUUCAGCAACCAGGCAAGUGCGUUGUGACCCCUUCAACUCAAUCGGUGGUGAAAUCAGUAUUCACUUUGUCAAACGUAUUGCUCUUUUGUUAGGUGCAGUACACUCCCCGUUUUCUUGGCACAUGGCAAGAUAGAGGAGGUGAAAGUGACCCAGAGAAAUCUGUUAAAGCACUGAAUGUUACUUUGUUGGCGAGUGAGUGGGGCUCAUCCAUGGGUGGCUUGUCAACAAUUAACAGAAAUCUCGCCAUUCUACUUGCGAAGCACAGCUUGGUCAACAUUACUCUUUUGGUACCACAAUCGUCUUGCAGUGAGGAGGACCGGAGAGACGCUGCAGAACAGAACAUUGUCAUUCGUGAAGCAGAGAGUCUACCAGGAUUUGAUCCUCUUGUCUGGUUGAGCUUCCCACCGAAAAACCUUGCUAUCGACAUCGUCCUGGGCCAUGGGGCAAAGUUGGGAAAACAAGCGCAAGUAAUUCGGAAGUCCCACGGCUGUAAGUGGGUACAGGUGGUCCAUACUGCACCUGAAGAACUUGGAAUGUUCAAGAACUAUGACAGCGCGGUUGCCAAAGGUGAAGAGAAGAACAGAGCUGAAGUAGACUUGUGCAGACUGGCAGAUCUUGUCGUGGCAGUCGGACCCAAGUUGAGAGAAGCCUAUUCAUCCUACCUGCGGGUUUGCAAGAAACACCAAUACAUCUUCCAGCUUACCCCAGGUACUUUCCAUGAAUUUUCAAUGCUGGAACAAGCUACACGGGAGGAAGGGAGGUUUAAGGUUUUGACCUUUGGCCGCGGUGAUUCUGAAGACUUCAGUCUCAAAGGAUAUGACAUUGCCGCCAAAGCAGUUGUUGAAUUGAAAGAUAGCUCCUACUGCCUGAUGUUUGUGGGCGCUCCCAUUGGGAAACAAGACGAAGUUGCCCAAAACCUGCUUCAGACUGGAAUUGCUAAAAACCAGCUUAUUGUCAGAGCGUUUGUGCAGGGCAAGGAAAGGUUAAAAGAAUUGUUUUGUGAGGUUGACGUUGCCAUUAUGCCAUCCAGAACAGAAGGUUUUGGAUUAACAGCUCUGGAGGCGUUGUCUGCUGGUCUCCCCAUUCUAGUGAGUGGCAAUUCAGGAUUCGCACAUGCACUACGCGAUUUACCCUCAGGAAAAUCGUUUGUGGUGAAUUCCAACGACCCCAUGGAAUGGGCGAAAGCAAUUGCUGCUGUUCGCCAAAAAGGAAGAGCCCAACGUCUUCAAGAAAUCCAAACCUUGCGUGCUAGCUACGAAGAGAGGUACAACUGGGAGGAGCAGUGUGGAGCCCUUGUUGAGAAGAUGUGGAAUAUGGUCCAGGGUAAGUGCUUUGUUAAAGUACUAUUAUAA